AUGAGAAAGAAGCUUGAUACUUGUUUUCCAGCCGUAAGUUUUCUCUUGUACGCUCUCACCCUCUCUAUAUGUGUAUAUUUUGCUAAGGCUCUAGCAUCGAAACUUCCAGGGGAUCUCAAGGUAGUUUUCUUUACGAAUUCUGGGACGGAGGCUAACGAGCUGGCUUUGUUGAUGGCACGAUUGUAUACCAGUUGUCAUGAUGUUAUUUCAAUUAGGAAUGGGUAUCAUGGCAAUGCUGCAGGGACAAUGGGAGCCACUGCUCAAAGUAGCUACAAAUUUAACUUUGUUCAGUGCCACUAUCAAAACUGUGGGGAUAUUUUCAGUGACAAGUGUACACAAGGAAGAGGUGGAAUUUCAAUCAUUUCCAAACAACAGCACCAAAAAAGUUGUUUUAUGCGACCUCGUAGGGCAUUUCUCACACCUGGCGAGAGUAUUAUAGCAACUGCUGGCUGCUGCUCAAUAACUGCACACCUUUGA